AUGUCGUCUCCCGAAGUUGUUGAAAACGACGUGAUGAGUUGUUUUCAAGAUAAUCCCUUUCAAGGCCACCAUUUCGAACCGGUGCUAUAUACUUUGCGAGGAUCAAGUGUGCAGUCAGAGGAUCGAUCACCUCCAGCAUAUGAUUCAGACUUAGGAUUCACUGAAAGGACACCAUUGUUAGCUCCUUGCAGGUCAUUGCCUUCAGUUGUUGGUUAUGACAGUGCUCGUUCGGUGUAUGAUUAUCCUGGACCAUCAACGGCCCGCUCUGAGGAUGGACGAACUGAGACGAGGCGUAGGAAGAAACGAAUGCGGAAGUUGCAUCGAAUUCAAGCUCAUAAAAUGAGGUAA